AUGAGCGAGCAAACUGUGAUAAAUCUUUCUCCCAGAAAGAAUUUUAUUGCGAUGGUGAUCUCCGACUCAGACAGUGAUGAAGGGCUUAAUGAAGGACAUGAGAGACAGGGGCUACCUUCCUCCCAGGAUUUUCCAGUCGAGAAGUCUGACGUCGUAAUGAAUUUUGAUAGUAGAGGGAAAAAAGAUGGUAAGGAGAAAUCUAAGGACAAGAAACGAUGGUCUUUUAUGUCCACGUAUUCUUCUUCUUCGUCGUUGUCGAAGAAAAGAAAGUCUACAUUGUCGAGCAACAAUAGUAUCGACAAUAAUGGUCCUCAGAAAAGUACACCUUUGAAGAUGAAAUCGAUUUCUCCUCAGAAAUCAAACAGUCCCAAUAAAAGAACGUCUAUGUCUACUUUGCAUACCAAUUACAUGGAUAAUGAUCAAAAUAGAUCUUUGUUUAAAAGAUCGUCUACAAGCUCGUCUUUGAAGCAAUUAAUAGGCAAAUUUAAUUUUGCAGACGAGAACCAUGAAAAUAGAUUAAAACAUUCUCCAAGUUUUAAUAUAAAGGCACAUGCUUCAGAGAGGUCUGUUAAAACAUCUUUAGACAACAACAAAAGGAAACCACUAGCACCUCUAGCGAGUAACGUUGUGCAAGGUGGUGCCAGGGAUAAUACUAAAUUUAAGAAACCAAAUGAUAAAUCUUUACUUUCACUUACAACUACGUCCACUAAUGUCAGUAUAGAUUCAAAAAAAAAUUGGAAAUUUUGGAAAAAGAAUUCGCAACUGUCUAGGUCCACUUCAAGUCAAAGUGUAGCAGUAAAUCAACAACAAAGAGAAUACUCUAACGUAGCACCAACUUUGAAGAAAAAGUCAUCUCUAUCGAGCCUAUUUAGCUCCUCCAGUACAACAUAUAGCAAUGUAAGAGGAAGCGAAGGUGCUCAGAUAAAUGAUUACAACCUAAGGAAAAAAUCGUCAACAUCAAAUUUAUCCAUCAAACAUCUAAAGCAUAAAACAUCACAAUCCUCUUUACAGAAUUUCAAAGUAAGAAGGAAGACUAACACCACGGCAUCAAUAGAUAGAGAAGCGUCAAUUAGUGGAAAUAUAAAAAUUUCUCUACCAACUCCAGAUACAGAAUCACGUAACAAAAUAGAUACCAAAUUGAAUAAUUCAAAUUCAUUAAUGUCAAUAAAAUCCCAUAUUUCAAGCAUUCCGGUAUCGACGGCGGAUUACAAAUCGAUUGUGCUGAAUCGUUUAUUAGAACAUUGCGAUUUUAAGUAUAUUAUUAAUGAUGACGAAUUAAAUGAUCUAGAAGGCUCAAUAUACACUAUUCCUAAAGAUAAAGACAAUAUCACCGACUAUAUAUCUAGAUUCAUUGAUCCGAGAACAUCUGAAUCAAUAAUCAGUAAACAAUUAUCAUUAGAUUCCGAAGAUAAUGGUUUUUAUUCACCAGAGAUAUCCUUACAUGAACUAAUCUGCCUAAGGUUAUGUCAAAAUUCGAUGGGUCUACCAUUUUUAUUACAAGCAUAUUUAUACAGAAAAACAGAGCAACAAUCUGAUAAACUAUAUUUAAUGCUUUUUAUGAAAGAUUCAGGAGAACCAUUGCAUAGCAUAAACAUAUCUGACUGGGAACAAGUGGCCUCAAUAUUUUGGCAAUGCACGACGAUUUUAUAUGUUAAUGAAAUAAAACUGUCAUUUGAACACAGAAACCUGAUUUUACAGAAUAUUCUGAUAGAUAGAGUUGGAAAUAUUACAUUAUGUGAUUUCAAAGGCAGUAGAUUGACAUCCAAAUUUGACACACAAGUGUUGUUUACGAGAUUGGAUCAUCCAUUAUUCUAUCAAGGUGGAAGAAAUGGACAAUACGAAAUAUACGAAAUGAUGAGAACCAUAUUGCCAGUUCCAAAUUCCUGGUCAUCUUUUGAACCACGCAUCAAUUUGCUUUGGUUAUAUUACCUCAUAACAGAAUUAUUGAAAAAAGGGUACGCGAAUAACCUUCCACCUUCCAAGAUCCUUAACAAUCUAAUCAAACUGUCAGAAGUAUUAAACCCACAUGCAACUGAAAACAUCACCACUUCAAUCAAUUCUACAGGUGACUUAUUAAAAUUGAAAGAACUGUUCUAA